UGCCGGCUUCCCCGCCCCCGGCCAGCUGCUGGUCACCGGCAGCAGCUCAGCUCCCAUGACACCCGCAAAGGCGUCCCAGCGCUGCAGGAGCGUCCGGAGAAACGCCAGCCAGCGCUACCUCUACCAGGAGUCCCUGCUGCUCAGCAACUUGGAUGACAGCUUUAAUGCUGAUGAAACAGGGGACAGCAAUGAUCCGGAACAAAUCUUCCAGAACAUACAAUUCCAGAAAGAUCUCAUGGCGAACAUUCGCUGCAGACCCUGGACCAUGGGGCAGAAGCUGAGGGCGUUGAGACGGGCAAAGGAGAUUGUGCUGAAGUUUGAAGGCAGGCUGACCAGGACCCGAGGCUACCAGGCGGCGGGUGCAGAGCUCUGGCGGAAAUUUGCUCGUCUCGCCUGUAACUUCGUGGUCAUCUUCAUUCCCUGGGAAAUGCGCAUAAAGAAAAUCGAGAGUCAUUUUGGGUCUGGCGUUGCCUCCUACUUCAUAUUCUUGAGAUGGCUGUUUGGAAUCAACAUCGUGCUGGCCGCGAUGACAGGUGCUUUCAUUGUCAUUCCAGAGCUGCUCGCGGGCCAGCCCUCUGGCAGCACGGCCAGGAAGUCCAUCCCCAAGGAGCAGGAGGGCUCUGCCCAAGACCUGGACACCGUCUGGUCCCUGGGGGGCUACCUCCAGUACUCCGUCCUCUUCUACGGCUACUAUGGCAGGGAGCGGCGGAUCGGGAGAGCUGGCUACCGGCUGCCCUUGGCCUACUUCCUGGUGGGGAUGGCCGUGUUUGCGUACAGCUUCAUCAUUCUCCUAAAAAAGAUGGCUAAGAACUCCCGCACCAGCCUGGCCAGCGCCUCCAGAGAAAACUACACCUUCUGCUGGCGGGUGUUUUGCGCCUGGGAUUACCUCAUCGGGAACCCGGAGGCCGCGGAGAGCAAGACAGCCGCCAUCGUGAACAGCAUCCGGGAGGCCAUCCUGGAAGAGCAGGAGAAGAAGAAAAGCAAAAACCUGGCCGUGACCGUCUGCCUGAGGGUCGUCGCCAACAUCCUGGUGCUGCUGUCGCUGGCCGGGAGCAUCUACCUCAUCUACUUCGUGGUGGACCGGUCCCAGAGGCUGGAGCAGUCCAAGAAGGAGCUGACGCUCUGGGAAAAGAAUGAGGUGAGCGUGGUGGUCUCUCUGGUCACCAUGCUGGCGCCGUCGGCCUUCGACCUCAUCGCGGCCCUGGAGAUGUACCACCCGCGGACCACGCUGCGCUUCCAGCUGGCGAGGGUCCUUGUGCUGUACCUGGGGAACCUCUACAGUCUGAUCAUUGCCCUCCUGGACAAAGUCAACAGCAUGAGCAUCGAGGAAGCUGCUACCGCAAACAGCACAAGCCCUUGGUCGGAUCCCACCACUUUGUUUGCCACCGGGACAGCCCCUGCAGCAGCACCGUGGCCCACGCCGGGGCCCGGGGUGGGGCUCAGGAGGAACAGCACAUGGGCCUCGGACGGGACCAGCCUCGCGACCCACGCCACGCCGCUCGGGAAGGCCAACGGCACCACGCUGGUCACGCAGGGUGCGCCCGACCAGUGCUGGGAAACAUACGUAGGCCAGGAGAUGCUGAAGCUCUCCAUCAUUGACAUGCUCUUCACCGUGGCCAGCAUCCUGCUCAUAGACUUCUUCCGGGGACUUUUCGUCCGGUACUUAAGUGACUACUGGUGCUGGGACCUGGAGAACAAGUUUCCGGAAUACGGGGAAUUCAAGAUAGCUGAGAACGUGCUGCAUUUAGUCUACAACCAAGGAAUGAUUUGGAUGGGGGCCUUCUUCUCGCCCUGUCUCCCUGCGUUCAACGUGUUCAAGCUCAUCGGGCUCAUGUACCUGCGGAGCUGGGCCGUGCUGACCUGCAACGUGCCGCACCAGCAGGUGUUCCGAGCCUCCAGAUCCAACAACUUCUACCUGGCGAUGCUGCUGUUCAUGCUGUUCCUGUGCAUGCUGCCGACCAUCUUCGCGAUUGUCCGCUACAAGCCUUCUCUCAACUGCGGCCCCUUCAGCGGACAGGAGAAAAUCUACGACAUCGUGUCGGAGACGAUUGAGAAGGACUUCCCCGCGUGGUUCGGCUCCGUGGUGGGACACGUCAGCAGCCCCGUGGUCAUCCUGCCGGCCGUGCUGCUGCUGUUCCUGCUCAUCUACUACCUGCAGAGCAUCGCGCGGUCUCUGAAGCUCAGCAACCACCAGCUCAGGAUGCAGAUCCAAAACGCGAGAUCAGAGGACAAGAAAAAGGUUGCCCAAAUGGUGGAAGCCCGGAUCCAGACCCAGGAGGAAAGCGCCAAGAGGCUUCCAAAGGACGGCGACCGGGUCAGCCAGCUGUCCUGGGCGGUCUCGGCCGCGCCCCAGAACGAGGGCAACGCGGCCAACUUCGACUCCACGAGCAGCAAGAGCAGCAGGAUCGAGGUGGUCGCCCAGUCCGUGCCCCAGAGCCCCAGGCCGGGGCCCAGGGCUCCUGGCUCGCCUCUUCCCGGAGCCUCCAAAUCCCGGCCCGGCCACGGCUCUCACAGGUACCCACGGGGUCUCUGCGCUAGCACAGGGGACCUCCGCAAGAGCAGGCCGCGCACACCCGUGACGUCCGCAAAGCACGGGGGCGACGCCCACUCGGAGCCGCUUUUCCGGAAAGACUUCCAGCAAAUGGACGCCUCCCGCCACGGGCCGGGGGUCUCGGCCAUGGUGGCACACGGCCCCGGGCCCCACACCCCCAGAUACUAUGUCGUUCACGAGCAGGACUCUCACCAGAAAAGCCGUCCGGCUUUCUGGCCAGAAAGACAUUUCAAGAUAGAUGCCUCGGGUGACAUCGUGGAGGUGUACCCCAAAAACGUGUGGCCUUACGUGCCCCGCGUGCUCCCCGAGCUCCGCUCUCCACAGCUGAGCGAGGAAGAGGAGGAGAGGCCGGGGAGAGAUUUGACCAAGUGGUCCUUCCCCCCACGAUCCCUCACAGACCUCCGCCGGGCUCCCCACUUUUACACGGGCGGCGGGGCAGAGGGCCGGGCCCCGGCUCCGGAGCGCCAGGGACGGGCGCACCACCAGUCCUGGAACGACGGUUUCGGGGGCCAGCCGGGCAGGCCGGCGAGUGCGCACAGAAAGCCACGCUGCCGCUCGGCCCGCUACCCGCAGCAGCACCCUCUCAGGCCCAGGGCCAGGCCCCGGUUCGAGCCACCGGUCGCAGAGUCUGACUCCUUGUCGGCGGCGUCCAGCAGUGACCCCCAGAACAGCAGCACCGACCAGUACCUGCAGGUCACCCACAGCCGGGGCCCCAGGCCCGCGGGCCGGCUCGGCAGGCGGAAGGCCCAGUCGGGGCCGGAGCUGGCCCUGGAUCUGGACGACCUGAUCUGCUCUAACGUCUAGGCCUGCCGGGCGUCCCCGUGCGGGGCUCAGGCCCCACUGGCCGCCCGGGCCGGCACAGGCCUCUGCCCUCUGGGGAGGGAGCAGCACUUGGGGGGGGGACCUGUGGGCACGUCCCCGGGGCUGGCCGAGGCCCCGGGAGUCCCAGGGCUGCAACCACAGCGAGGAGUCGUGCCUGUGGGUCCCCUUGCGUCCAGCACGCAGGAGCGAUCAGCCUUUAUGUCAAGAAAACUUUGGUCCUUUGCCUCCUCCCGGUGGCCAGGAAUCACAGGCACGCCGGAGGACUCUCGUCCGGACUGCAGAGGCCUCACCCACCACGCCUGUGGUAUGCGCGAGCCGUUUGAUUGCGAUGCUCUCUUGCGACACGCCAAAGUCGGCCUUCCCUGGUAAGCACCUGGGCUCGCCAGGCUGCCCGCGAGGGUUUCUCAAGGCUCGGUUUGUAGGCGUCACCGGCUCGGCAGUGACGAGGGGAGCUGGCAUUCACCGAGAGCCCGUUUUGCUCUGGCUGCCGGUCGGUGUGUGUUCAUUAGCCAGGACACUCGGGCUGGGAGCAACCCGAGGUUUCCCUCAAGGUUUGUUGGUUUGUUUAAAGGAAAAGCAAAGCCCCGGCACCAAGCCGGACCCGGGCCCCGCUGGAGCCCAGGGAUGGGACACCCGGGAAUGUCUCUGUCACCUCUCUGCUCUGUCCCCGUGUCCCGUCCUCAUUUUGUCCUACACCAAGGGCUCCCUCCAUGCGUGGGGGAGGAAUCCACAGCCACGGAAGGUGCCGGGCUCUUUCUGCAGGGAAGGCCUCGACCCUCUUUUAGAAAAGGGGAUCACCUGAUUAGGUGCGGCCCACACGGAUAAUCUCCCUUUUGAUUAACUCAGAGUUAACCGAUUGGGGAUCUUAAUUACGUCUUCGAAAGCACUUCGCCUUCGCCGCGUCUGAGCGUCAACUCCCGUUACCCUCCCCAGCGCCUGAAGACUCCAGGAGCGGAGAUGGCGCAGGGCGCGUGUAACGGGGCGGCGGUCUUGGAGGCCAGCCACAAACACUUAAUAAGUAUUAGUUGACUGUGAACAGGAGGGCGAACGAAUGAACGGACUGUGCUAAUGAACGAGUCACGAGUGGCAUGGCCACAGGAUCAUGUUCCAAGACUUGUUGCCUGUUCUAAUCAGAAAGCAAAGUUCGGUGUCAAUAGCGCCAUUCUGAAAGCACACACGCGUGCUAACACGCUCCCCCAAGUUUAUGCACAGCAGCGCGCAUAUCCGCAAAUGUCUCGCCACGCUAAAUUCAGGAGGCCGCGGUCUCCUCGGGGCCGUGCGUUCUCCGAUGCCGCGGGAACGGCCUUGCGUGGCCGAGGGGCUCCCGGGUCCCAUGAAGGGGGUUCUGUCCCCCAGGCGUUGUCCUGGGACCGCGGCCUUGGGCUUCCUGGGACAUCAAAGCACCUUUUGGAAAAGGCCGGCCCUGCUCUCGGCACCCUCGGAGGCACCUGUGUGGGGCACCCCAUGGCAGCUGGGGGCGGGCGCGCCGGAGACGUCCGGAGGAAGCGCGGGCACUGCUGGCGCACGCCGGGGUGGGGAGCUCGAGCUCACACUGCUCGCCGCCUCUGGCGCUUCCUGCCGCGCCGUGCCUUCAGUCUGGAGCAACGCCAAAGACGCAGAGCCGCGCAGAUGCUCGUGUGGCCAGCGCCGGCAUCCCCCGGGGGGGCCAGCAACCGUUGAGACUGAAAUCUUAUUUCCACCUACCCAUCGUGUCAGCAGUGAUAAAGAAAACGCUGUCUCACGGUAUAAUCAAAGCCCAGGCUCAGCCUCCCGCUGCGUCCCGUUCUCCCCACACCUGCCAGGGUUUGGGGCAGGAGCUUUUGGCCUGUAGUUCAUAGUUACAGACGUGUGUGUGUGUGUGUGCAAAUAUGUAAGCAUCCAUAAGCAACACGCGAGCACAUUUUACUUGUGCGCAUGCCGUCACUGCACACGCCAUUGCGCGUGUGUGCGGUUUCGAGGUCUGUCUGAGAAAUGCGUUGAUCAGACUCGCCUGUUAUGACUGCUGGGUGGCGUUUCGUCCUAGAAUAAACUGCAUAUACUAUCUACCCGAUUCCUGCUGGUGGGCGGUGAAGUCGUUUCUACUUCUCUGCUACUGACGUGCUAAACAUUUCCGCGUGCCUUCCAUGGCCCUGGUGCCCGCGUGCUGGGACGUGGCGGUCGGUUCUCUGAGAGGGAGGCCCCAGCUCACGGGGGACGGGCGUGUCCGCCGUGCCGGACGCAGACCCUGCGCACGCUCUGUCCACAGCGGGCGUGACUGUGUUUCUCACCGCCUCGCCAGUGCGCGAU